UUUCUUUGAUUGAGGGCUCAUAGAUGAAGCUUGGAUACUCAGUAUCACAUGGUUGCAGAAGGCCCCCCUUUGACUUCUUACUGGCUACAGAGAAAAGAAACAGCAACACACAUGUGGUCAUGGGAUGUCAAGACGGACUUACAUGCAUGGAAUGAGCUCUUUGCUGACACAUCAAGAUGAAGGAAGUUACAGAAAUGAAAAAGCAUGCGAUGAAGAUGAUGAGAGAUGACAUGAGAACAGCAAUACAAACAGAAAGGCUCCCGUGUGCUUCACUCCAGCCAUGUAUCAGAUAUGAGCAGGGACAGGAAAAGCAGAAACAAUUCUUGCCGUAGGGACCUGUACUGUUCGCUGUUCUUGUGGAGAUAUGUACCUUGUUGUCCCCAAGCUCCCGAACAGCUUGACACAGCAAUGUGAGUUUGGGGCGGAGCCAUCUGUUUUGCCGACCAAUGGAAGAAGGCGGGAGUGUUCAGGAAACCUGUUUGAAAACAGUAACAUGAUGUCACCACAUCCCCUGCUGACACCUUGAAGACUCAUCGAAGACUCAUGAAGACUGUCCUCAACGUGAGCAGCACACACGGGCUCAUCGAUGCCCGUGCUCACACAUCUUAACGCACAGAGGUUCUGAUGGCCAGAGAACUGGCAUGUGGGAGCCGUCGCUCGUGGCAGCCGUCGCUCCUGGCAGCGGGCAGAUAUUUUCAUUUCCAUAUCGGAGCGUUACGAGAGCUGCCAUUCGCUCGUUUCUCCAACAGCCGUGCGUGAGCGCGUGUGCAUGUGAGCGUGUGUGAGCUCGGGGGGGACGCUGGGAAGGACAGCAUCUAAAGACGUGUCUUCACUGUCUGGCCCCAUAUCGCUGCCCGUGGAGGCUGGCAUCAGGGCCAGCUGAUGCCACAGCAGAUCUGAGGCAGCUGCAGUUGUAGAAGCAGAGACAUGCAGCUCAGCACUGAACCUGCAGUGAGUCGCAGGAGGAGAGGAAACCCGGACAGCAAAGGGCUGUUAGGUGUGCUGAGUGUGUGUGCUACAUUACUGCAGUUAUGCGCUGGCUGUCCUUCAGAGUGUGUGUGUAACUCAUUGGAAGUUAACUGCAGUGGGCGGAGUCUGGUAUCUGUGCCCGCUCUGAUCUCUCUCCCGGAGGGCACGCACACCCUCCAUCUAACCAAUAACCGUCUCUCAUCCCUGCCCGUCUCUACGUUUGCCAACCUGAGCACCCUGGAGACACUCGACCUGUCCAACAACUAUCUGGACAACCUGCCAUCCAGACUCUUCCGCGAGCUGAGUAACCUGAGCGAUUUGAGUUUGCGCAACAACAGCUUGACGGUUCUAGAUCGCGAGUUGUUUCGUGGCCUGACCCAGCUGCGAAGGCUGGAUCUGUCUCUGAACGGCCUGGCCGUGGUGCCGCUGGGGCUACUGGAUGAGCUGCAAGGGCUGACCUGGCUCUCCUUGGCUGGGAACAGACUUCACGCACUGGAGAGAGCCACGUUUGAGCCUCUCAUCAACCUUCAGCACCUGGAGCUGGGAAUGAAUCCCUGGGAGUGUGACUGCAACCUGAGGGACUUCAAACAUUGGAUGGAGUGGCUGAUAUAUCGAGGUGGCUAUGUCGAUGCGGUCGAGUGUACGCUUCCGAAGGACUUGAGGGGCCGGGACAUCAGGGGCGUUCCUGUGGAGAUGUUCAACUACUGUCUACAAUUGGAUGACGAGAAUGGGGGCGGGGGCACUAAGGGUGGAUCCCCACCGUGCGUUCGAGCGACGGCCGCUUCGUCGGAAGGUGCGGUGGUGCGUACGGAGGGGGAGCUACCAGACUGUGUAAAGCAGAGGUAUCGGCCGGUCAGUGUCCGCAGGGCGAUCGGUACGGUGGUGAUCGCCGGUGUGGUCUGCGGGAUCGUGUGUAUUAUGAUGGUGGCGGCCGCAGCGUACGGCUGCAUUUACGCCUCUCUGAUGGCUAAAUACCAGCGAGAGCUGAAGAAAAGGCAACCGUUGAUGGGUGACGUCGAGGCAGAAGGCGACCCGGAGGAGAAACAGAUCUCAUCCGUUGCAUAGGGGAACGGUGAGGGGUCGAAAAAGGUCAGAGGUCGGCCGUAAAUCUAAAGAACCCUUAACUGGUUAAGCUGCACAUUUGAUGAUCAUUUAGCUGCCAAGUUGAGGAUUCGUCAUACCUGUUUCCUGUUUCUCUGUCCUUCUUGAGACCCUCUCUGACUCUCAGACUUAUACUUUACUGUCUCUAAACUUUAUGACCUUUACGCCCCAGGACAAGAGGGACCACUCGGCACUUUAGAACCCCUCAUCCUCCCCAAAGUUGAGAGGUUCUCAGCAGAGGAGGCGUGGAUGCUACUGUUCACAUUUCUGAACCCUGAUGUUUCUAGAGGAUCGUGUGCUAUCAUUAGCAUUAGCCUCUGUAGCAGCCUGACCAUCAACCCCAACCCUAAUUCCAAACUCUGAAACCAAUCCUGAACCUCUUAAACCCUCAUUCCUCAUUUACAACCCUAAUUGUAACCCUUAACCCCAUGUGAACCAAGCAUCAUAUCCAAAAUAUUCCCACAUUAUUUAUCAGAUAUUUAUAAUAUAUUCUAUACGAUGUGUCGUGACCCCAUUUUUCAUGUUUUUAAGUGUGAGGUUUGUCCCUUUGUAUCGUGUGCUAAAUAAUUUGUGUUAAUAACACUGUUUCGUUGGUUCGUUUACUGUUCGCUGUUUUCCCAUGUCCAUCUCUAGAGGUUAUUUUGUGAGGCUAAAACUGUGUGAAGUGUCUUGAAGUAUCGUGAAGUGCUAAUAUAGAGGAGGCUAAAGCCUCUGUUAUGUUAGUGUAGGGCGGCAGAUCGUGGCUAUUAGAAAUGGCUAUUGGCUAACUGUUAAUUACAUUUCAGCGGGGAAAUACAAAGCACAGUAAAACACAGUAAAGCUGCCCUCUAACCGAAAACAGAAAGGCAAUAGCUGAGAUAAGCAUAUAAACGUUAUCUUUAUUAAGAUAGAUUUUUUUGUGCAAUAGAAAUCAAUGUCUUUGUUGAUCUGUUGUUUAGUUCUGGUCUAGGGUGUCAUAGCUGAUUUAGUGAGCUCUUUUCUCUUAAGGCUUGCGGCGGAGGAGAAUCGAUCACCUCCGUGCGAUCAAUUUUCGACUUGUGGACCAAUUUGCAUAAUCCGCUUUUCUUUGAAGGGAGACGCUGUUUAGAUGAUUGAAUAAUUCAGAUCCGUCUGACUUGGGCUUUCAGAAACCCACAGAUAUUAUCGAUAUAAGCUUUUCUGCCGCAGUCAACCUCUGGACAAAAAAUCUGCUUUGGAGAGGGAAGGAAAAUGUCCAAAACUUAGCCGCACAAUCUUAAAGUAAAACAAUGUUUUUUUUCCAUAAUAUAAAUUUAGAAUCAUAUUGUAAUUGCUCUUAAUAUCAACAGUAAGGUCAUCGUCAAGUGUUUAUGCUGCCAUCUAUAGGCAGGAUGUGCAGUAGGCACCAGGGUGUGAAGUAAACAUCACACCACCUCAUCAGGAUUUAGGAGAUGCUCUUCCGCUGUAACUAUAGCAACAACUCUCCUACACUUGAUUCAUUACCAAUGCAAAUUACUGGCAUAAAGUUGUUUAAGAAAGUGCAACACAUGUGUGUGCUAUGACCCACACCAGCAUUUAAGAGUCUAGUGUGUGUCUCUGUGUUCAGUGAUAUCUACAGCCAUAUGCUGAGUAUAUACAUACAGAUAUACAUUUAUUCAAGAGAAUGUUGAAUACAUGUAUAUAUUUUAAUCUGUGUCUUACUGUUUAUUUAUGGAAAUAACUUGUGCAAAUAUCUUUUUUGUAGAGGAACUCCAAGCUCAAAACUGCGAAUUUGGAUAAUUAUCAGUAAGAGAGGUUUGGUCAAAUGAAUGCUUUUGCCAUUACUGUUCAUAGUGUUUAUGUUAUACAGCAUGUGUCAUAAGCCUGUGCUCUGCACGGGGCGACAAACACAGACCCUGUAUCCUCCUUUUUAAAAAAAAGCAAUUUUCCCACUGGUGAACUAUACUUUUCCUGUCAAAUUGCACUUAUUGCGAAUUUUCUCAGAAGUAAGCACAUGCUUGUUUAUUGACUAUGUCAGCAAUGCGCUUUAUCUGAAUAUAAGCCGACAGAGCAGUUUGUGAUGUAAUAUGUCAGUGAAUAUGAAGGGCGGUUUAUAAAUGAGCAAUGACUCAGAUGGUGAGUGUGUGUGUGUUUACUCUGCAUUGCUUGAGCUCUGUCCCAGGCUUACAUAUGAGGGCAGGGGCACAACAUCACACACUACACUAGACCCCCUCGCUAAAAAAGGCUUUCAUGUUGGACGGAUAUAAGGAAAGGAUUUGCCCAUCUGAUUGAACUGGAAACAUCCUAAUCUUCAUGAAGUUCUGGUUUAGUAUCUUAUAGCUUAUUGAUGUGACCCUUUUCUUCACUUGACCUUUUUUCUAAGACUGAUAUGAGAUCCUAAUUUAUAUUUUCCCUUGAUAAAAAUGCGUUUGAAAUUAUGAUGUGUGAGCUGUGAUAUAAUUCUGUGUUAAAAAAGGAAUAAAGAAUGUAUUUCCGUAAAGGUUCAAGUGUGAGAUUC